AAGCUGCCUCAGAAACACAGCGAUCAGCAGAGUGAGAGACGCUGAGGACGAAAUACACUCCACUCUCUCUUAAAGUGUCCUGUUGUACACACACACACACACACACACACACACACACAGCGUCUCAGGAAACAUACCCUCCGGACCCUAGUUUUCCCACCAUGCACCAGCGGAGCCCCUCUGAGAUCCAGGGGGCCUCCAGCCGAAGGACUGCUGCCCGGGCCAGGGCCCCUCUCUGGACUUGGCUCCUACUGGGGGCCCUGGCGGUGCCCGGAGCCCGGAGCUUCCUGAGCGAGGAGGAGGAGGAGCUGGUGGUGGAGCUCCACAACCACUACAGAGGACAGGUGUUCCCCAGCGCCUCGGCCAUGCUGCCCCUGCGAUGGGACCCGAGCCUGAAGAUCAUCGCGGAGGGCUACGCCGCCAAAUGCAUCUGGAACCACAACCCGGCGCUGGAGGACACCGGUGAGAAUCUGUUCGCCGGCACCGGGCCUCUGGACCUCCGGGAGGCUCUGGAGAAAUGGUUUCUGGAACGUCUGGACUUUCACUUCCAAAACAACACCUGUAACGAAGACCAGAUGUGUGGACACUAUACACAGAUGGUGUGGGCAGAUACACACAGAGUCGGCUGUGCCUUCCAUCUCUGUAACAACAUGGAGGGUUUAGACUGGGAGGGAGCCUCCUUCCUGGUCUGCAACUACUACCCAGCAGGGAACUACGAAGAACAGCGGCCGUAUGUUGAAGGUGAAUGGUGCUCCAGAUGUCCUGACAACCUCCAGAAGUGUGAAAACAACCUCUGUGUUGCUGACACGGUGGGGAAUGACGAUGAUGAAGGGGACGAGGUGGACGAUGAGGCAGGAACAUCUGACCCCUCCGUCCAGCCUGACGGGGAGAAGGAGCAGGAGGCAGUUGUUCCUCCUGCAGGAACAUCUGACCCCUCCGUCCAGCCUGAAGGGGAGAAGGAGCAGGAGGCAGUUGUUCCUCCUGCAGGAACAUCUGGCCCCUCCCUCCAGCCUGAAGGGGAGAAGGAGCAGGAGGCAGAUCUUCCUCCUGCAGGAACAUCUGGCUCCUCCGCCCUGGCUGAAGGUGAGGAUGUCGGCCCUAAUGUCCAGCCUCCCACCACCACUUCCCCUGCCAGUAUCAGCACCAUCACAGCAGAAGGGGACUCAGCGGACCUCCAACCACCAGCCACACCUGCACCGGGCACCCAGCCUCCAGAAGACCACCCAACUCCAGAGGAGAAGGAGAAGAAGGGUGCAGACGAGAUGGUGGAAGUGAAGAAAAAGGAUCCUUUCAAUAAGAAGGCGGUAAAAGAGGAGCGAGACGGAGGGCGUAACUUAGCCCACAGCCCGGAGGGGAGCAGCGCUGCUUCCACCUCCUCACCUCUUCUGCUGUUAGCCUGUCUGACUGGGCUCCUGACCCUGAGGCUGUGAGGAGCACGAGGAGGAGGAGGGGGAGACAACGCCUCAUUAACCCCACCCAUGUGGUAACAAACACGGCUCCUCCCCUUGUCGAAAGUUUAUGGGUCAAUUAAUAAUUCGCACCCAUCACAAAAUCAGCUGCCAUAAUCCAAACAUCUGCAGGUGGAUCUGGGUGGAGAAGAUGGAACGUUUCUAUAAACAUCUUUCUGUGUCCGCUCCAGGAGUUUUUGGUCUGGCGGACGCAGAUCUUUAUCACGACUCCACCAACUUGUGAAAAGAAGCCUUUUCUUUUCAUUGUAACCUUAAACUCAUAAAAACCGGCACAUUAACGACAGAUUAAAUACAGCGGAAGGAAGUGUUUGAUUGGUGACCUCAGAAAGCCAGCGGGCGAAUGGAGGCGGAGCCUCUGUGAAUAAACAGAUUCAUCUCAAGUGUUCAAGAAGUGAGUCUGUUUUUAUGACGACCCCGCUGCUCCUCCUCCUCCUCGUAUAUCUGCUGUGCAUCAUUUACUCCUCAGACUGGGGUCACAUGACCUCUGCUCGGCUGGAAGUGACGUCGUACACAAGGAGCACGGACUGCAGUAAAUGUUUGUACGCACGAUCAAUACGGAAAUAAACCACGCUCCUUCUCUUGA